GGAGAUGUGGACCAGGUGCGGAUGACCUCAGAAGGCUCAGACUGCCGCUGCAAGUGCAUCAUGCGGCCCCUGAGCAAGGAUGCGUGCAGCCGGGUGCGGAGCGGGCGAGCGCGGGUCGAAGACUUCUAUACAGUGGAGACAGUGAGCUCUGGCUCUGACUGCCGCUGCUCCUGCACGGCGCCGCCCUCCUCACUCAACCCCUGUGAGAAUGAGUGGAAGAUGGAGAAGCUCAAGAAGCAGGCACCUGAGCUCCUUAAGCUGCAGUCAAUGGUAGAUCUCCUGGAAGGCACCCUGUACAGCAUGGACCUGAUGAAAGUGCAUGCCUACAUCCACAAGGUGGCCUCCCAGAUGAACACGCUGGAAGAGAGCAUCAAGACCAACCUGAGCCGGGAGAGCGAUGUGAUGAGGGAGAGUAUGCGCCAUCUCAGCGACCAGCUGAAGCACUAUGAGAACCACUCGGCCAUCAUGAUGAGCAUCAAGAAGGAGCUCUCCAGCCUGGGCCUCCAGCUGCUGCAGAAGGACCAAGCCACUGUCCCUGGAGCUGCCCCAGACACAGCUCUUAAUAGCAAGGCUCAGGACACAGGUGGAGGGAAAGGCAAGGACACCAGCAAAUAUGGCAGCGUGCAGAAGAGCUUUGUAGACAGAAGUCUCCCAAAACCUCCUAAGGAGAAGCUGCUGAAGACAGAAAAGCUAAGGAAGGAGAGUGUCAAGGGCCGAUUCGCCCAGCCCACAGCCAAGCCCCGGGCUCUGGCCCAGCAGCAGGCUGUGAUCCGUGGAAUCACCUAUUACAAGGCAGGCAGACCGGAGGUGAACGAAGCUGUGGCUGACAAUGCCCUCAAAAGUACUUCCUGGCUGGAGCAGCUGCCACCCAAGGUAGAGGGCAGGCCACCUGAGCCCAACUCCGCGAAGCAGGAUGAGGCUGGACCAACGGCCUCAGAGGGAACAGACCUGACCCCCAGCACCCCCACCUCAGAGCCCACCACCACUACCCAGACUCCCACCACCAGUUCCCUGCCCACCGUGCUGCCUUCACGCCCAGAAGUCUCAAGCCAAGGCAGAGAGGCAAGUUGUGAAGGCACUCUCCGGGCUGUGGACCCCCCUGUGAGGCAUCACAGUUAUGGGCGCCAUGAGGGUGCCUGGAUGAAGGACCCCACAGCUCAGAACGACAGGAUCUACGUCACCAACUACUACUAUGGAAACAACCUAGUGGAGUUCCGUAACCUGGAAAACUUCAAGCAAGGCCGCUGGAGCAACAUGUACAAGCUGCCGUACAAUUGGAUCGGCACGGGCCACGUGGUGUACCAGGGCGCCUUCUACUACAACCGGGCCUUCACCAAGAACAUUAUUAAAUACGACCUGCGCCAGCGCUUCGUGGCCUCCUGGGCGCUUCUACCGGACGUGGUGUACGAGGACACCACGCCUUGGAAGUGGCGCGGCCACUCGGACAUAGACUUUGCCGUGGACGAGAGUGGGCUGUGGGUCAUCUACCCCACGGUGGACGACCGCGACGAGGCCCAGCCCGAGGUGAUAGUGCUGAGCCGCCUGGACCCCGGAGACCUUUCUGUGCACCGUGAGACCACGUGGAAGACGCGGCUGCGGCGCAACUCCUACGGGAACUGCUUCCUGGUUUGCGGCAUCCUGUACGCAGUGGACACUUACAACCAGCAGGAGGGCCAGAUCGCCUACGCCUUCGACACGCACACGGGCACUGACGCCCGCCCGCAGCUGCCCUUCAUCAAUGAGCACGCCUACACCACCCAGAUCGACUACAACCCCAAGGAGCGGGUGCUGUAUGCCUGGGACAAUGGCCACCAGCUCACCUACACCCUCCACUUCGUGCUCUGA